AUGUCCAACGCACGUAUGAAGCGUGUUACGCGUGAAAUUGCUGCUUGUGCCAAUGAUUCCGAGGAUGGAAUCACGGUGGAGAUGAUUGAUGUAGAAUCGCCGUUCCAUUUGGUCGGGACCUUUUCGGGACCCGUCGAGUCGCCUUUUGACCAGGGCGUGUUUAAAGUGGAUAUUGUUGUUCCGGAAGGCUAUCCAUUCCAGCCUUUGCAAAUGCGAUUUAUCACCAAGGUCUACCACCCGAAUAUUUCUUCGCAGAGUGGCGCCAUUUGCUUGGAUAUUCUCAAGGACCAAUGGACGCCAAUCUACACGCUGAAAUCCAUGCUGUUGUCUUUGCGCUCGCUCUUGUGCUCGCCAGAGCCGAACGACCCGCAAGACGCGGAAGUCGCCAAGCAUUACAUCAACGACUUUGCAUCGUAUGAAGAAACCGCGCGGAUAUGGACGGCCAUUUACGCUUCGAACGACCAGGGCGAGAAGACUGCCGAUGAUUGCACUGUUUAUCCUGCAGACAUUGACGCCGAACAUAAUAAAAAAUUCACAGAUGUGAUAUAG